GAGGGCGGGAGCAGCGGGCGCAGGGGGCGGGGAGGGGCGCGGGGCUGCGCGCUCGCCCUGCUCUCUUUCGGUUUGCUCGGCGGCAGGAGGAGCGGAGUCCACCCCAGCCCACCCCCACCCCCAGCCCACCCCCACCUUGAGGCUUUUUUCCUCGGCGCGCCCGGCUCCCGGCGCGGGGCUCGGGGAUGCCCGCCAGCAUGUUCAGCAUCGACAGCAUCUUGGCCGCCCGGCCGCGCUGCAAGGAUUCGGUGCUGCCGGUGGCGCCGAGCUCCGCGGCUCCGGUCGUCUUCCCGGCCCUGCAUGGGGACUCGCUCUACGGCGCCGGCGGCGGCACCUCCUCGGACUACGGCGCCUUCUACCCGCGGCCCGUGGCCCCCGGCGGCGCGGGCCUCCCGGCCCCGGUCGGUGGCUCCCGACUCGGUUACAACAACUACUUCUACGGGCAGCUGCACGUGCAGGCGGCGCCGGUGGGCCCGGCCUGCUGCGGGGCCGUGGCGCCCCUGGGCGCCCAGCAGUGCUCCUGCGUGCCGACGCCCCCAGGCUACGAGGGCCCGGGUUCGGUGCUGGUGUCGCCGGUGCCCCACCAGAUGCUGCCCUACAUGAACGUGGGCACGCUGUCGCGCACGGAGCUACAGCUGCUCAACCAGCUGCACUGCCGGCGGAAGCGGCGGCACCGCACCAUCUUCACCGACGAGCAACUAGAAGCGCUUGAGAACCUCUUCCAGGAGACUAAAUACCCGGACGUGGGCACGCGCGAGCAGCUGGCCCGCAAAGUGCACCUCCGCGAGGAGAAGGUGGAGGUCUGGUUUAAGAACCGCCGCGCCAAAUGGAGGCGACAGAAGCGGUCAUCCUCGGAGGAGUCGGAGAACGCAGAAAAGUGGAACAAGGCGUCCUCGAAAGCGUCGCCCGAGAAGAGGGAGGAGGAAGGUAAAAGCGAUGUGGACUCGGACAGCUGACGGCCGCAGGCCGCCUCGGAGGACUUGCACGGACAGACAGGCGAUGCUGCUGGCUUGCCCCCGCGCUGCGUCGCGGGUGGGUCGAGGAGAAGGAAGUAGGAGCUGUAAAUACUUGUUGUGCCGAGCCGUCCCGGCAGCCCGCGCCGCGUCCCCACCGUAGUAUUUAUAGUUAAAUUAAAGGCAACAGACAAAAAAGCGAUGGCGAGCGAUCUGUCUUUGCGUUUCUUUGCCGCCGCCACUCCGGUCUGUCUUAGGCCGGCAACAGAAACCUGCAAGCGGGCGUUUCCUAGCAGCGGGCGGCUUUGGCCUGUCGGAAAAAGAAAAACGCAGGGUUUUAAGUCUAAGAAGCAAACCAGGGCGCUUUCCA